AUGAGGAAACGAAGCUCAUUGUUAAGUGUACUUGGUGUAACAAGUACACAAGAGAUGUUGCUAACUCUAACAUCACUUGAAGACUUGUCAAAUGCUAUGCGUAAAGCCGGUUUACAGUCCACAAAUUUAAUUUUUGGUAUUGACUAUACGGCUAGCAACAAGUAUCAAGGUGAACGGUGCUUCCAAGGGCGGUCUUUACAUUCCAUAGAUACUUUUAAAGAAAACCCAUACCAACAGGUAAUUAAAAUAAUGGGACGGAUACUGGCACCGUUUGCCACAUCUGGUUUUAUACCGGCUUAUGGUUUCGGGGAUGUGAAAACCAGUGAUUGGUCGGUGUUCAAACUGAAGCCUGAGGGAGAAUGCAAAGAUCUCGAUGAAUUGUUACAAGUAUAUGAUGCAAUCACUCCAACAAUAAGUUUAAGUGGUCCGACAAAUUUCGCUCCAUUGAUUUACGAAGCCAUUGAAAUUUGCGAGAAAGUCCAAAAUUAUCAUAUACAGUGAUAGUAGC